AUGCACGGCCUGCUCCCGACCCGCUGGAGAAGUCGUCCUCCUCCAACACGAAAUCCGAGAGCACUGAGGCCGCUAUCAAGAUAUGUUGAGAUCAAGGCCUUCGCGGCUAGCUAUUACGGCUCGACGCAGGGCGCUGGCUCGGCGACUCACUCGGCGGGCCGGAAGAAUGCUGGCCUGCGAUGCCGGGACAGCCCGCCUUCCUGUCGCCGUCUGCCUAUCUGUCCGUGCUCCGAAAACCGGACGGAUCUUACUCCUAGGACUGUCUGUUGGGGAGCGGCGAUCAUCAAGGAGCCCAUCUUUCCUGCGGGUGGCAUCCUUGGACUCGCUCAAGGGCUACCUAUGACGCAUGAGCAAGGAGUGCAAGAAGCGAGCCAUGUUGCCCAUUGGGACGCAGUGCAGGCCGGAGUCCCCAUGCUGUUCCAAACACUAGGUCGCGGACCGCCACUCGCCGCAGUGAGCAUGGCCGAGAUUAGGGAGGAUUUUUGCGAUGAGGCAGAAUUUUUGUGGCUCACAACGCAUCUGGACGACGCCCUGACUGCCGCCGUGGGAUACCAAAUUGAUGCUGAGCUGCCAUUAGUCCCCAGGCUCACCCAAAAUACUGGUCGAAGAGCCUCAUUUGCUCUACCGCAAGUCAGCCUGUUCUUUUCGAGUGACAAGAAUGCGCAGCUGAACGCCCCUUCCCGCCGUGGAGGCGUCACGAACCUGCCAGUCAAACAAUUUCCGGUACCGACGAGUGCUCAGUUUCUUAAGAUGAAGUACGCACUCGAAAUGGUUUCUCGGAAGGGCCGCCUCGUACAUGCCCUCAGUCAAGUUACCAAAGACGGUAGCGAUUUUACGAAUGGCCAAGAUGGGGCGCGGGAGAAACUAAUAGCCAGCGCGCGCGAGCUUGUCGCCCUCGCCGAGACCCCCGUCGAGUCGCUCCUGUGGAAUAUCUGGUCACAGCCGACCCGCACCGUCGCGGCACGUAUUGCUGUCGACCUCAAGUUCUUCAAAACCGCUGUCCGGGAGGGCGGUCGGCCAAAGACAGACGCUGAGCUGGCUGCUCCAACAGGAGCAUCCCCUACGCUGGUCAAGCGAAUCGCCAGGACGUGCGUGUCGAUGCGCAUGCUGGACGAGAAAGGGCCAGGCCUCUAUGUGCCCAACGGCCUAACGAGCAUCCUGGCGCAACCGGAAUACGCGGCUGGCAUUGUUUUCUGCUUCGACUCCGCACACCUCUCGUAUUCGCAGAUGCCGGCCUACCUAAGGAGCACCAACUUCCAGAACCCAGAAGACCCUGCCAACGGGCCAUUCCAGUACGCAAACAACUACGGCGGACACGCCUUUGGUUGGCUCGCCGAGCAGCCCGAAGUCUUCCAAGCCUUCCACGGGUACGUUCACGCUCUGCGGAUGCAUCGUCCGAGCUGGACCGAUAUGUACCCCGUACAGAAGCAUCUGGUAGAAGGGCUCAGGCCGGAAGGCGACGCACCGGCCCUGGUCGACGUCGGUGUUGGCACAGGCCAGAUUCUGGAGGAUUUCAGAACGAGUGUGCCGCAAUACACCGGCAGACUGGUGCUGCAGGAGCUCCCGGACGUCAUCUCGGCAGCUUCGGGGCUGGGAGUUGGCAUGGACUCGCGCAUCGAGUGA